GGCCGCCCAAUGGGGGCGCGAGCGGCGCGGUAUUUGAAUCCUGGAGCUAGGCGACCUCGAAGAUCCCAGCGGUGCGGCCUCAGAGUGCGGAUCUAACGGCGCCGCGGACCCCUGUGCCCCCCACUCCCGCCGCGUCCCUCCUCGGGCGGCCGGCACGCCUGCCUGGCCGGUCCCUCAUGGCGCUACUCCAACGUCUGACGGUGUCCACUGAUUUGGAGAACAUUGACACAGAAGUUAAUUCUAAAGCGAAGAGUCAUGUGACACUCCGGAGAGCAGUUUUAGAAGAAAUUGGAAAUAGAGUUACAACCAGAGCCACACAAGUAGCUAAGAAAGCUUCAAACACCAAAGCACCUGUUCAACCCACCAAAACAACAAAUGUCAACAAACAGCCGAAACCUGUUGCUUCUGUGAAACCAGUACAGAUGAGAAUGUUGGCUCCAAAGGAGCCUUAUCCUGCACCUGAGGAUAUCUCCAUGAAGGAAGAGAACCUCUGUCAAGCUUUCUCUGAUGCUUUGCUCUGCAAGAUUGAAGAUAUUGAUAAUGAAGAUUGGGAGAACCCUCAGCUCUGCAGCGACUACGUUAAGGAUAUCUAUCAGUAUCUCAGACAGCUUGAGGUUCUGCAAACCAUAAGUCCACAUUUCUUAGAUGGAAGAGAUAUAAAUGGACGCAUGCGUGCCAUCCUGGUGGAUUGGCUGGUACAGGUCCAUUCCAAGUUUAGGCUGCUGCAGGAGACCCUCUACAUGUGCGUCGCCAUUAUGGAUAGAUUUUUACAGGUUCAGCCAGUCUCUCGUAAGAAGCUUCAACUGGUUGGGAUUACAGCUUUGCUUUUGGCCUCCAAGUAUGAGGAAAUGUUUUCUCCAAAUAUAGAAGACUUCGUUUACAUCACAGACAAUGCGUAUACCAGUUCCCAAAUCCGAGAAAUGGAAGCUCUAAUUUUGAAAGAACUGAAAUUUGAGUUGGGUCGGCCUUUACCACUACAUUUUUUAAGGCGGGCAUCCAAAGCUGGGGAGGUUGAUGUUGAGCAGCACACGUUAGCCAAAUAUUUGAUGGAACUGACUCUCAUCGACUACGACAUGGUGCAUUAUCACCCUUCCAGGGUGGCAGCGGCUGCUUCCUGCCUGUCCCAGAAGGUUCUAGGCCAAGGAAAAUGGAACUUAAAGCAGCAGUAUUACACUGGAUACACGGAGAACGAGGUGUUGGAAGUCAUGCAGCACAUGGCCAAAAACGUAGUGAGAGUAAACGAAAACCUGACGAAGUUCAUCGCCAUCAAGAAUAAGUAUGCAAGCAGCAAACUCCUGAAGAUCAGCACGAUUCCUCAGCUGAACUCAAAAGCCAUUAAAGAGCUCGCCCGCCCUCUGAUGGGGCAGUCCUAGGCCCCGGUGCUCGGGAAGGCGCUCCGUCUGGCCCUUUCUCUUGCUCAUUUGGAACUCGUGACUUUGUAUGUAAUUCUUUGGUCUACUCCAUGAAACCUCUUCUCAGACCUAUUUUCUAACUAUAUAUUGAGGAAAAAUAAAGCUAUUGAUUUUUCUUAAGGUA